AUGCUGAAAUUUGCCACUCGAGCUGUACGUACAGCAAGAAUAUCGAAUGUCGCACCAUAUCUCCUGCGCACGUCUCCAUCUCUGCUGGCACGCACCACAACCACAAGACUUCUACCCUUCUCUACAUCUUCAUUCUUGAACCAUGGUCAUCUGAAAAAACCGAAGCCAGGCGAAGAACUGAAGAUUACUUUCAUCCUAAAGGAUGGCUCCCAAAAGACGUACGAAGUCUGCGAGGGCGAGACCAUUCUAGACAUCGCUCAAGGCCACAACCUGGAUAUGGAAGGCGCAUGCGGUGGCUCUUGUGCUUGCUCCACUUGUCACGUCAUUGUCGACCCAGACUACUACGAUGCCCUACCGGAGCCUGAAGAUGAUGAAAAUGACAUGUUGGACCUAGCUUACGGACUUACGGAGACAAGUAGGCUUGGGUGCCAGAUUAAGAUGUCCAAAGACAUUGACGGCAUUAGAGUUGCACUGCCCCAGAUGACAAGAAACGUUAAUAAUAACGACUUCAGUUGA